AUGGACUGGGUUUCUAUUCCGUACAUGGGCCAAGCAAAGUACAACAAACGGUCCCCCGGAGUGACUAGCCCACAUUGUUUCACUUGGAGGAUUCAUGCCAAGAGAGUUGAUCGCACUUUGAGGUCAAUUCUCCACCCAGCAACUGCAAAACCUGACUUUCCAUUCUCAGCACCGGCCACCUACAUCAGUGAUUGGAAAUCGGCACAACAAGGUUUGCUGAGUGUUAAGGCCUACGGUCCGGUGAAGGAUGCGAUCCUUACCUUGAUCAGCAAGUUACAGGAUUACUACAUUUUGACGGAGGUUCUUUAUCCAGGCAUCGACUUCACUGGGAUGUUCAAGUUUGCGACUACAAGGUUGUACGGUUCUUGCACCCUGUUCAAACUGCUCUUGUCUAUCAAGGCUCCAACCCCUGGGACAUUGGCACAACAACUUUGA